AAAAAUCUCUCAUCUAAACACACAAAACAAAACCAUAAAACAAACAAAGAAAGAAAGAACACAGACCAAUUCCAACGUUUGAAUUUUGACUGAAGACAACCAACAUGUCUUGCUCCGUCGCGGUUUCCAAUUCGCCGGUGUUCUCACCCUCCUCCUCCCUCUUCUGCGCCAAGCCCUCCAUCAUUUCCUCUUCGCCGGAGGCUCUCUCGCUCUCUCUCUCACACCUCAAACCCUCCAACGUUUCAACGGCGUCGUCUUGUGCUUCGUCUUCUUCUUCGUCUCCUUCUGCUGCUUCUUCUUCUCCUUCCUCUCCCUUUCGCCUUCGCCUUCCCAAGCCUCCAACUGCGUUCUCCGCCGCCUCCUCUUCUUCCACAUCCCCCAACGCCACCGUUUUGAAGAGGAAGCGACCCGCUAGGCUCGACAUACCCGUUUCUUCUCUCACCUUUGGGGUCCCUCCCACGCCCUCCGCGGCGGCGCUUGACGUAGCCGAGGCUGAGGGAGACGGCUUCUCCGUUUACUGCAAAAGGGGAAGGAGGGAGUACAUGGAGGAUCGUUACUCCGCCGGGGAUAAUCUACGCGGAGAACACAAACUGGCUUUCUUUGGCAUAUUUGAUGGGCACGGAGGUGCACAGGCUGCUGAAUUUGCUGCAAAUAACUUAGAAAAGAAUGUCUUAGAUGAAGUGAUCGCGAGAGAUGAAGAUAAUUUUGAGGAGGCAGUGAAGCGUGGGUACCUAAACACUGAUUCGGAUUUCCUGAAGGAGGAUCUCCAUGGUGGCUCUUGCUGUGUGACAGCAUUGAUUAGAAACGGUAACCUCGUCGUGUCCAACGCUGGCGAUUGUCGUGCCGUCAUUAGCCGAGGGGGUGUUGCUGAGGCCCUAACAUCUGAUCACAGGCCUUCCAGGGAAGACGAAAGGGACAGAAUUGAGAGCCUGGGUGGCUAUGUCGAUUUAUGCCGCGGUGUUUGGAGGAUCCAGCGUUCUCUGGCUGUGUCUAGAGGAAUUGGAGAUAGACACAUGAAACAAUGGGUAACAGCAGAACCUGAGACCAAAGUUCUCAGGAUUGAACCUGAACAUGACUUGUUAAUCUUAGCUUCAGAUGGAUUAUGGGAUAAGGUUAGUAAUCAGGAAGCAGUAGAUAUUGCUCGAUCUUUUUUCAUCGGGAACAACAAAUCACAACCAAUGCAAGCCUGUAAAAAGCUUGUAGAUUUGUCUGUUUCACGAGGUUCUUUGGAUGAUACAAGUGUUAUGCUAAUCAAAUUGGAGCACUAUAUUUGAAGUUCCAUUUAGUACAACAGCAGCUGAGAUCGUAUUGCGGUCACAAUGUGAUUUUGAACCUAGUGGUGCUGACGAUAGUGUAGCUGAUUCUUUUCUGUAUAUAUAAAUCUGACGACAUUAUUAAUCGAAUUUUUUUGUACCCAGGUAGGGGAGAGGGAUAUUAACAAUAACAUUUAGUACUUUUUUACUGCAUAGAAUUAUUGAUGUAAUAAGCAUUCUUUUGAUUAUUUAUACAUUAUUAUUUUGGUAAUUCAUUUAUUUUUUAAAUUGAAAUAUCAAAUUUGUGAUAUCUUCCAUUUCCUUUUUUGAGUACAUAAUUGUUGCAGAAUGAUUCAGUCAAUGAAAUCUAUGAAUUAUCAGUCGGCCAAAUUUAGCUUGUA